ACGCUUAAUACGUUAAUAGUAAGUAUUACGAGGAUUAGUUUUAGCUUAAAUAAGGAAAUCGUCGCCCUAGGUAUAAUAAAAAUAAAAACGCACUUCAGAACAAUAACCUUUUAUAUUUUACCUAUUAAUACCCCAUUUCUCCUAUAUCUAAAAGAUAUAGAUCGACUAAGUAUUAUAUUCGAUAAUAUAAGAAAUAGAAUCUCUAGCGGUAAGUACUUUAAAAUAGUUAAAUAA